AAUAAUAUGCUCAGUGUUUAAUGUUAGAUUAAAAUUACAUUGAUUUAAUAUACUGUAAAUUCAUUGUUUUUUGGUGUUUAAAAUACUGUGUAAAGGGUGGCACGCAUCUCGCGAGAAUGUUUGGCGGAUAUGAGAUCUGUGUUUACUUUAGUAGCAGGCUAGCUAAUAUCUCGAGACUCUGCUAGCUCACAAGAAAUACAAGCACCGACGUCUGCAGUACAUACGGACUGUAAAAAGGAACUUUCAAAGACUCAAGAACCUCUUUCCUCAACAAGCAGCCAACGAGUUCUCACGGCGUGACUAAGUUACUGUGUGGCACCCAAGCUAAAAGACGUGUCCAAUAAAGAAACGCCCGUUUGGAAGAACUGACCUGCGUCUGUGUUGUUGUGGAGAGAGCUAUAGUGAGAACUCGUCUGCUCAUCGCGGGUAGAAGGAGACUACGGGACCGCCGCGGGGAAAACCGCUGGGAGCAACGCGACGAAGAUCCAGCACUUCAGAUAAGCCAAGCCACUGUGUGCUGUCCGCAUACUGACUGCAAGCUACGGUGAUUAGACUGAGUUAAAAUCGCUGACUUUCAAGCUAAAGCCAAGAAGUACUCUGCCACAUCCGUUAAGUUAAGGUGGUUUGAGAAGCAGUUGAACUUGAAAAUUGCAACUAAGGACUCAAGUCUAUUAUUAUUACAUACUGUGCUUAAUCUGCAUGUAUGGGAAACGUUUAAUGUGCUGGUGCAUUCUUUACAUAUCUCAAGGUUAAAGGGGAACUUCACCUCCUAAGCAAGCUUGAAGAAGCAAGUUAAUAAGCUUAGUAGUGAUUUAAGAAAAUCAAAUAAUAAGCUCAAAUUAAGAAUCUUUAAGGUUGUGUGUCAUAUACGAAAUAAUUGAGUUUAAAUGAACAGUACUAAGUGAAGUUUAAAUGGGGCAUCAGAUUAUGUGAAAACUUUUUGUGUAAAGGACAAGUAAUUGAAUGCAUUUCUAGAUAUAUAUUCUAGAUAUAUUCUCUGAACACAAUUACUGAUUAUAUAAGCAUUUACAUUUCAUACUUGUAUAUUGAGCAAAGUAGUUCUCAGUCUUAUUUGUUUUAAAAUUUAACUCAUACAUUUAAGAGCUGAAAGUUAUCUUCCAACAGAUCUAAAAUCCACACACAGGAACACUGUAUUUUACAGUUACACAUAGCCUAACACAAAAUCAUUUCAAGCUAAUUCACAUCACAUGCAUUACAUAACCAUUUAAGUUUCUCAAGAUGUCUAGCACAAGUACUGAGACCUGCUGUAAACAGGUUCAUCCUGAAGCUACAGAUACUGAGUCUGCAGAAGAAGUAGAAAGGCUACGAAGAAGCGAAAGAACACGAACUUUGACAGAAAAAGGAAAAGAACUUAAAGAAGAACAGCUGAAGACUGUACAACGUCGGUACCGAAUGAUUUUUGAGAAAUGGAAGUAUUAUGCAAGAAUAAGCAAGGAAAUACUCACAGAUGAAGCCUCUGAAGAGGAAUUGAGUGAAUUAAUUGAGAACAUUAAAGGUACCUGUUCUGAUGUGAAGGUAGUUUAUGAAGACAUACGUCGAGUGCAGACUCCUGAAACAGAUCUGCGGCGCAAGGUUGACGCAUGUAUUGCACUUUCUGAGUUUAUCGUUCGAAAGGCAGGGCGACUGAUUGAAGGGCACACAACUGAAGAAGAAUCUUGGCCUGAUGUUGGUUCGAUUCUAGACUCAACAGGUUCUAUAUCAAGACCACUGUCUCAUCAAUCAAAAUUUGGUUCUGCCCACUCAAGCAUUCACUCAGUUAAGAGAAAGGAGGCAGUGGCAGAAGCUGCUGCAUCCAAGGAAGUAUUGGCUGUGCUGGAUGAACAGGAAAGAGAAGUAAUGGAACUUCAGAAGUUAGAGGCUGAAAGUAAACAGCGACUGGCACAAUUUGAAUCUGAGAAUCUAGCUAGACAACAAGCAAUGCAAGACAAACGUAGAAAGCUUGAACGCCUGGAAGAAGUAAAGAAGUUGAAUGCUGCUAGAGCUCGAGUAAAGAUCUACGAUCAAGAUGAAGAAAAGCUUGAUGUAGUUGACUCAGUUCUUAAUGUUGAAAUAGCAGAAGAAUCCCCAGUUCUCGAAUACACAGGUCCACAUUCUUUGCCAGUCACAACUCAAGCUCUGAAUGCCUCAAGUUCUCCAUUCUUUCCACAUUCUCUACAAUAUGCUAGUCAAGCUCCUGUUCCCCAAGGCCUGCAGUUCGUAUCUCAAGCUCCGCCAGCUUCAGUGGCUGUGCCUCACGUGCAAAGCAGCUGUGAUUUGGUAAAUGUGUUAGCAGAAGCUAUAAGUGCUAAUCGUCUUCCAACACCAGAACCUGCUUUAUUCUUUGGAGAUCCUUUGAAAUUCAAAGAUUGGCAACUGUCUUUUGAAACAUUAAUAGACAGAAAGAACAUUCCAAAGAAUGAAAAACUGUACUACCUAAGAAAAUACGUAGGUGGUGCUGCGAAGAAAGCUGUUGAAGGAUUCUUUUUACUUGGCACUGAAGCAGCAUACAACUCAGCCUGGCAGUUGCUGGAAAAACGUUUUGGAGACCCAUUUAUAAUUGGAAAGUCCUUUAGAGACAAGCUGCAUGGAUGGCCAAAGAUAAGCUCUAAAGAUGGUGGCGAACUAAGAGAAUUUGCAGAUUUCCUUAAGAGCUGCGAGGCAGCAAUGCCUCACCUUAAGACAUUAGAAGUUCUCAACGACAGCUGUGAGAGUCAAAAAAUUCUGAGAAAAUUGCCUGAUUGGUUGGUUUCCAGAUGGAACCGCAAAGUACAAGACUUUCGACAAGCAAAUCCUGGAUACCCACCAUUUAAAAUGUUUGUAGACUUCAUAGCAAAGGAAGCAGAUCUCGCUUGUGAUCCCAUAUCCUCAGUACAAGCACUUAGGAGUGUAGAGUGCGAGAAACCAAGGCAUCUUAAAUCCCAAACUGUUCAAGCAAAGACACUGUCCACAAAUGUAGCAAGAAGCAGCAUCCCAUUAUGCACCUUCUGCAAAAGAACAGGACAUGUUCUUGACAAGUGCAGAAAGUUUUGUGAGAAGACAGUUGAAGAUCGUGUUAAGUUUGUACGUGCAGAGAAGCUUUGCUUUGGAUGUUUGAAGACUGGGCAUCAUUCAAGAAGCUGUGAAAAUAAGAACACAUGUGAUAAGUGUCAGAAGAGACACCCAACAUGCUUGCACGAGGACAAGUUCAAGGAACAUCCAAGGUCUACACUCUCUAAGAUACCUACCAGCUUAAACGACAAGGUAUACAACAAAGACAUGGUGGCAACAGCAACUACAAAUACAGUCACACAAGAAGGCCUAUGCACACAAACGUCUUCAAUCAUACCUGUCUGGGUCUCAUCCACAAAGCAGCCAAGUCAAGAAAUCCUAGUCUAUGCACUUUUAGACACGCAGAGUGAUACAACCUUUAUCUUAGAUGAAGUAGCACAAGACCUUGACACAAAUAAGGAAGAUGUUAGUUUGCAGCUAUGCACAAUGUCUGCGAAGUCAACAGUCAUACCCUGCCAAAGACUAACAAAUCUACAAGUCCGAGGAUACAACUCAGAGAAGAGAAUUUCACUGCCAAAGGUUUUCACGCGAGAGUUUAUUCCAGCAAACCGAUUGCAUAUUCCAACUUCUGAAACAGCUCUAAAAUGGUCUCAUUUGGAACAGUUGGCAGACAAGAUUCCACCACCACUGGAUUGCGAUGUAGGUCUUCUUAUUGGUUAUAACUGUCAACAAGCCCUUCUUCCUAGAGAGAUCUUGUCUGGAGAAGAAAAUCAGCCAUACGCACAGCGAACUGAUCUCGGCUGGAGUAUCAUAGGUUGCUCUAAUCCAGCAAGUGACUAUGACGAUGCAGUAGGAAUCAGUCACAGAAUCAUAGUGAGACAAGUGACACCUGCUUUGCAGCCAUCAAUUGAGCUAAGGAAAGAAGUACACUUUGUGUGCAAAACUCAUGUAAAGGAAAUUAUUUCAAGAGAUGUAAUCAAAGCUCUCGAAUCUGAUUUUAUAGAGCACACUACAGAUGACAACUCAGUCUCACAGGAAGAUCUUAUCUUUUAG